GAGGCGGUUGGUCGCCCGGGAAGUUCCCGUGCACAGUGCACACAGAUAAUCGUAUACGCAGUGAAGAGGAGAGUAGCAACACUUUACUGCUAGACUUGGUCUGGGAAGCAUCUAUCCUAGACAGAAUAGGUGUCCUGUCACGAGAUCAGUGUUGCCUUAUGAUAUUUGUGAAAAUCUUUCUCCGUGGCACAGUGGAAUCAUGAUUCGCGGGUUAGGUUGCUCGUUGUGAUGUCACGCACAGCUGCAAGGCUUCCUUCCAAAUUCAGUGGAGCGUUUCAAUUGUGUUCGAACAAGAUACGUAACUCGAUGAGGGCAAAGCAGCUCCAUGACUUGAAAUGUAAAUUACCAUUCUUUAAUCUUUAUAACUCUGUAUCCUGUAUGUUAACUCCUGUGUUAUUUUCAGCACAGUGAUGAGUAUUAAUUACAAACAACUAACAAACGUGCUUCCGAUAAAAAAGUUGUACCCGUCACGUAAAAAGACAAAAAGAAAAGGAAUAGAUUGCGUCGAAUUUGAACAUGAAAACAAUCAGGUGCAAUUGGUGGAUCUUUACAUUUCAUUGUCAUUUUGUCUGAAAAUGAAUAGCUGAAAAUGGUUUUCCUCAGGACUAACACCAAUUUUAGAGACAAAUAGUUAGGUAUUAGUACAAUUUUACUGCCUAAUAAAGUCAAUUGAAAAGCUAUAAUCAUUUAUGAACAAAUUUUGGUUUUCGAAAAGUUAAGAGGUAUCGUAGAACGUUAAUAUGUAAAAAAUUACUCCUGAUUUGGAAACCCACUAUUCUUAAAAUAUUUAAAGUAGCUACGCGACUGAAUGCUUUUAUGAAUAAAUAAAUGCAAGCCUUGUUGUUAAGGAGCAAGAAAAUAUAUCAGGUUGAAAAAUUACUUAUGUUAUGUCAUCCAAAAAUGAACGUAUCGAAGCUGCUCGGGAAUUUUCUGCGAGGCCUUCAAACAACGCCCUUCCCCAAGGAACAGUUCUCAAGGCUGAACAUGUCGAGACCAAAGCAAACGCAACGAACAUUCGAGAUGAAAAGAACUUCGCCUCUCCAGCGCAUGAAGCUGCUAUUGGCGAUUUCAAGCUGGGGGAUGGUAAAGAUGAAGGCAGAUCGCAAUGCAAAAAUUGUGCUUCUUGCGAUGAAGAUCGUAAUAAUACAGUUGCGUCGGUAGAUGGAGGCUCUCUAGCUCCUAAAAUCUUUGCACAGAAAGAAAAAAUUUCAAUAAAUCGACACUACAGCGGGCCUCUAGCUGAGAACUGUUGCACUAUCAAAUCAGCAUUUUGGAUAUCUCCCCACCCCUCUGAUAUUGAGUAUCCAUUCUAUCUUCUAUGUGAAAACAGUGAUGAAUAUUUUCAAAACAAGGAUAUUUUCCGCAGAAUAAAGAACCUUUUUUUAUCUGAUAGACAGGAAACCGACGAUGAUAAAGAGGCAUCGGAUGCAACUGAGACGAGAGAAAACUCUCAAAAUCACAAUUCAUUCCAGUCCACAAAUGAGACAAAAACUGAAAAUACGAAAAUAAUUGCAGAGCAUGGUUCAGAGCCUGCAGUUUCCGCUGCUGCACGUCACAAUUACCAAUCAACGGUGCGUCUCGACGAAAAUUACGCGGUUGCUGGAAAGAAUACCAAGUACUUGUGUGAGUCGUCCAAUAUUCAGUUGCCAACUGUGGUAACGUUUGCGGGAGCGAGCGAUGUGCAAAAAGGUGAAUCGCACGCUAGUGAACCUGCCAGUCCAACCGGAGCAACAAAAUUGUUCCUAAUCGAUCGGAGCUAUGAUAAUCAUACCAGAUCCGAAAAUAGCACGUCGACCAUGCAUGUCGACCCCCUAUCCAAAACCUCUAACCGCUCGAAACCAGGCGUAAUGAUGCAGUGCUAUUGCAAAAACCAGUUUCAUCGUGGAAUAGUUGGAGAAGCGAGCAUCAAUGUAGAUACAACAACGAAGCCAGAGGAAACGCCUGUUUUUGCCAAUGAUCGAUCAAUACGUGUUGAAUUUAGGGAGCUCCGAGGAAAAUGCGGAGAAGUUCCAGAAUAUUAUCCCAAUGAUAGUUCAAAACAAGUUAGAAGUGCUGAUUUCACAAGUGACAAUGAACUCAAUGUGUCGCAGAUGCGAGUUAACCAGGAACAAGGUUUCCCGUCUAGUUCAAGGUCACCAGCAACACUGGUGGGAACGAUACAGUCACACCCUGGCAACGAUGGCUGGGGAUCUGUCACGAGGACCCAGAUGGAAGGUCGGGAUCACCACUUACGCCUGAACGUGCUGGAGGACAAGAAGCCUAGAGUGCCCAUGUACCCUCCCUUGGACGCUUCAGACACCAUGGUCAUGUCGGGAGAUUCCUUGUUUUCCCCUCAGUCGUCGGCACCAUCAUUCGAGGAUCGUAUGAUCGGCGACCGCAACCUACUUCACCAUCACCGCGAAGGACGGCUGGCGCGAUUCGGCGCGUCUCACAGCCUCUAUACUGAUAACGUGACCUCUGAACACACCAUCGCUGACCUCAGGGAUACCAUCAUGGCGCUGCAGAUACAGAACAAUGAAUUGACGCUCUGCCUGCAGCAGGAAAGACGGAGAAGAGAAGAGGCCGAAAACAAAGUCGAGCGGGAAAAGGGCUACAUCAAGCGACUUGAAGAUACAGUGCAGGCCCUGAGGAGCACGCGGCUGGUAAUAGACCCGACAAUGUACCGUCAGAUCGCCGAGUCUUACAUCGCGUCUCGUCAGACCCCCGUCAGGCGAACCUGUUCCUCGAGUACGCAUAGGUCUGGACGCUACGAAGACCUGGUGUGCGACUCUAGCUCUGACGGCUCUGUUCCCUCGUCGCCAUCCACCUCAAACUCCACCGCGCCUCUGCUGGGGGCCUAUCAGUCUGUAGGGCAAAAUGACCUAACCCCCGAAGGCCUCGGAUGUUCCGGGUUAUCCUCGUCAGCUUCGUCACGUCCGCUGAUGAACGACAUGCAAGAUAGAUUGAAGUCUUCGCCAAGCAUCCCUCAGCAUUCUCAAGAUCUUCGAUGGCCCUCAGACCGCGACGACCCAAGCCAUUCAUCCGAAGAAUUUCUGCUCCGCGAUCCCCAUGCAUCCGUCCGGACUCCUUUCGACGGCAAAAAACUAUAGCUACUUGCUCUGCUUUUCAGUCACCCAUCGAGAUGCAACCGAUGUCGUGAAUAUCGCGAGGUCUUCGAGUGCCAUAUGCAGAAACACUGCGAUUCUUCGAACUGAAAACUGCAUUUCCUCGUGAAUGAGAACGCGCCAUGUCAAGUCACCCGAGGAAAUGUCACCAUCUUUGUUGGCGAAGAGUUGGAGGAACAACCCCUCUACCUUCGUUUAGUGGUGCCGCGUCCUACGGCGAAACCAUGAGUCUAGGCUGUGGUGAAAUAUCCAUAUCUAAAUCAUCACACCCAGUAAUUUGCGAUCUUGUAGAUCAAGGUCGUAGAGGACGUGAUCGUUGACAGAAAAUUAUUUGCAUUUGAGAGACAUAUGGUGGCGAAAGACUAACGAUGAUGAAUAUGCGAAACCAUACGAUGAGGAAUAUCCUUCCCCAGGGUCAUGCCUAACUGAUGUAGUGAACUCCUGAGCUCCUAUUGUGAUUUAAGGUUUCCGAACUUGGAGGAGGAAGUUUCAUCCUUUUAAUGUGUUACGAAGAACAUUAUCGAUGACAUAGGUGAAAUCCUUGAAGCUGAUACAAUGACAGUGAUAGAUUAAGCUCUCGGCAUGCUAAAAUUCAAUUGGGCGCCACUGACAGCAAUUAUUCUUCUUCUUGAGUGGCAUUUGAUCUUUUUCCAACAUAGGUAUUGUAAGAGUGUCGAUAGUGUAAUAUUUUAUCAACUUGGCAAUAUCCGGAAUGAAGUAAUUAUGAGGCAUGCUGUUGAAUGGUUACUUCAUCUGAUUUGUUUCCCAAGUUCUUGGAUAUUAAGAACGUCGUGAAUGCUGUCAGAAAUCGGGUGCUUAUAUUUUCAAGUUGAUUUCCUAACCUCAUAGGCGUUCCUCUUUCAAAAAAUUAUUAUUGGUUAUUGUUAAGAAGUAUGCUGUGAUGCAAGCAAGCUAUAGUUAUAAGGGUUUCGUUGAAUUAUUUCUAAUGCUGUCUCCGUUUUGUUAACUUCUUUAUAAUUUACAAUCAUAAUACAUACUUCAGUUCUCAAAAUAUUAAAUUUAAAUCAACUGAUUGUCACAGUUUUCAUCAUAUUUGUGGAUGCAUUAGGUAAUAAAUUGCACUGUCUGUGGCUGGAUCGCAUUUUUUGAUGUCGAUAAGACAAGCUAGAGAUAUCGAAGAAGCCGCCAAUAUGUCUGUGAUUAGUAAGGUAAGAAUAUUAAUAAAAUUACGUAAAUCGUG